AUGUCGCCUGUCGCUCUUUCCAAGUCCCUCAUCGCCCUCGCCCUCGCCUUGUCGUCUGCCUCGUUGGCAACGGCCCAAGUAACGGGCACCUUCCCCCCGGUACCUCUGGCCUCCAAGCAUUUCGACUACCCAUCUGGAAUUCCUUAUAAAGUCGACACCGACGUCGGUCUUGUCCGUGGCACUCAGCUCGGAUACAAUAUCUGCAACUCGACCACCGAAAACCAGGACUCCCUCUGCCAAACAUCGUUCUUCGACGCCCUUGAUGACUUCUGCCUGUGGGCCCCUAGUGUCCCAGGAAAGACCGUUGGUGAUAUCGAGGGUGAGAUGAUCGCCUGGUGCACCAAGCCCGGCCACGGUACCCGCCUCAUCCCUGCUGGUGCCCUCACUGGUGUCCAGUUCCUCAAGACCCCAGACUAUAUCCAGGCUGUCGGUUUUAUUGACCAAACCCUCAUCAACAUGGUCGCGGGUGACUUCGGUGGCGAGAUGGACCCCCAUGGUGCUGAUCUUCGCGGUAACCCCAUGGGAGGCAUCAUGUUCUCCAGCUCGUUCGGUGGCGGUGUCAAGCAAGUCAUCGAAUGGACCAACUUUAUGGGUGGUAACGCUUUCUGCUUGAAAGCUUGCGAUCCCGCAGGUGCCAACGCUGCCCACUACUGCGAGCACAUCUACGAUCGCAUCGGCUGCUCUUUCAACGCCCCGAACGCAGCCCAGGACAAGGUCUUCGAGUCGUGCGAUGCCGAGAAUGCUGACUUCCCCGGCAUCUACACCUCCGACGGUCAAGUCAUGACCUACACCCAGCCUCCUGAGUCGCUCGGCGCCAUCACCACUGUUCCUUAUACCGCCCGCGUCCCUUCGUCCAGCAACUGCCAGACCUUCAACAGCGCCGAACUUUUCACAGGACUGCCUACGGUUGCCGCUACAGGUGCCAGUACCACGGGCGGAGCUGCUGCGACAGGUACCGCCUCUGGUGCCUCCAGCCGCGGGACGAAUAGCGCGAGCCGGUACGGGCACCGCUGA